CAGCAGCGGCGCGAGUGAACCACCCCGUCUCCCCGAGUCAUGCUCACUUGAUUGAUUCACGAUUGCUUGAUGGUCACCUGCUGCAAUCACGAAUUAGGGCUGAAAGCGUGCCUGCCGCUCAAAUUUGGCCGGAGCGGACUUUUAUGCCAAAGGUUCUUCAAUCGCUUUGGCACCACACAAGCGACGACUGUGAGGCUGGCUAUCUUUGUGGAUGGAAGACACAGCAUACAGUAGCAAGUAUAUAAGUCAGCUGUCGGGCAAGACUUUGUCGCAUGCGUAUAGGUGGUGCGCGGUGCCCCGCUGCGCUUGCAUCCUACGCGUGGAACUCAACCCUUCAUUAUAAGUAUUCGCGAUUAUUGACUGAGCCUGAGCGCUAUCCAUGCAAGGCAACAGCAGCAGGCAGCAGCGUUAUUGCAAUCGACGACAGACAGAGCCGCCACGCGCGCGUCCCCUCUCCUCCUCCGCCCACGCAACUGUCCAACGUUGCGCUGCUGCUGGUAGGCGCGAAAGGCGCGCGAGGAGAGCGGCCCAAUCCAAACGAAAUCGCGCUCUCAUUUCUGCGACCCUCAAUGAGCCAAUCUUACCUCCGAUCCUUCAUCCCGAACUCUCCGCGGCUUCCAUCCUCAUCAAGAGCAAGUCGAGUCUACGUGCAACGUGGUCGACAACAAAUUGACAUCAGUCGCCACCUGUCAUUCUACAACCAGGCUCUCUGGUCAACCCCUUUUUGUCACUUCUGACUUCGUUGACAACCUUGCAUCGCGCGCUCCUACGCCUUUAACCCCGGCGCACCGCCCCCUUGGUUACAAGGUCCCACUCGGCGUGUUCGAGCGAGGACUUGAUUUACCAGGUUCGCUCGG